AUGGUGCCAUUUGGGAUGCGUCUUAUCCCACCCAGGCAAGCCCCUCCUUUUAGUUCUGUGUUGCCUAGGGGCUUGGAGCCGGUGCUGCUUAGUGGAGAUGAUUUGGAAGUGAAGCCAUGUAUGAUUGAUGAUGUGUGUUCUCAGGCCUCUGUGUGUUGGCCGGGGCUUCACACAGACGAGGCAGGUGAAGUGAGACGGCUCGUGGAGGUCUGCCUGGAGGGAGGGGUCAUCGUCCAGCAACUGGCCAAUCGGAUCGCAGAGGACGGGGGCGCAGCACUGAUUGCAGACUACGGGCACGGCGGGACCAAGACGGACACGUUCAGAGGUUUCAAAGAUCAUAAGCUCCAUGAUGUCCUAGCGUCCCCUGGCUCUGCUGACCUUACUGCUGACGUGGACUUCAGUUGCCUGAUUAAGAUGGCUGGAGCUACGGUGGUCUGCAUGGGGCCUGUCUCUCAAAGAGACUUCCUGAAAAAUAUGGGCAUCGAUACAAGCUUACAGGUUCUGCUGAGGAAAUGUGCAGACCCGUCUAUAAAGGCUGAGCUGAUCCAGGGCUACCCUGAGAUCCUGAGCAGUCCGAGGGGAGAGGGGGGGGUGAGAAGAUGGCCCCGGUUCCCAAGAAGGCCCCAACACCCCUGCCUGUGGCUAGCUUCAGUGAGCUUGGCCUCUCGUGAAAAGCGUAGCCAGAGACCCACCAUGGGUUCCAACAGAGACUGCACUGCAGAGGCUGUGAAUGUGAACUUGCCUGUGAAGGCACUUAAAAUUCGCACCCAUGAAUUUAGUACUAUACCUUGAUUAUAUACACAAGACCUUCGGAAGCAAUAGGGUUUGUCCUGAAUUUAGUUUGAAAAGUUGAGCUUAUGUGCUAAUCAAAUCUAGGAAUGAUGCACCCUGAGGGACGAUGGCAACUGAUGUCUUUCUUUAUCAUAUAUAUAUGUUAAUUAAAGCAACAUGUAAUUCAGAGGGGUACGGAAUGUAAAUGUUCUCAGUCAGAAGAACGUCACCCCAGGUCACUGCGUUUCAAGCUUUAGGAAUACGGCUCCGCUCUGCUCCUGUCUUUUGGAAGGAAACUAUUAAUGGGCCACGUGGUGCCUGGCUGCCUUAACAUCUUGAACCAAUUGGGUGAGCGUGGUGUUCGUAGAUAGCAGCCAUGUCCCUACUGGCACCCUAUUCCCUAUGCAGUGCACUACUUUUGACCAGAGCCCUGGUCAAAGGUGGUGCACUGCAUAGGGUGCCAUUUGGGAUGCAAGUCAGCCACUCGCAUGCUGUGUUUUGCUCUGACAGGCUCGCCCUUGCUGCCCCAGUAGCAAUUAAAAGAGACUAUUACACAGGACUAUCACCGUAGCCAAAAUAACCAGCCAGUCCUACUGAAGGGAGGCUAAUGUGAAGCUAAGAUAUUAAAGUCUUGAUGAUUAAAAGUCAUCACACAACAUUUUUCUGGUGUAUAUUAUAUAGCUGUACCAUCUUUGUCUGGGAAUCACAUAAUGCACAAAGUAUUUUCCUUAUUUUUAUGUGAUCAUUUGAUUAAGACUGAAAAUAUUUAUGGUAUUUAAUCCAGUAUAGUUAUACUUGGAAGGAACGUGUCGAUUUCUGAGAAAGGCAGCAUCAUUUUGUUUGUUUUCUGGGGCCUUCUGUAGGCCUCAACAUGUGGUGCUAUCAUUACACAGCAGUAGUUAGCCAUUUAUUUUCUUCUCCAGCCACAAAUGGCUCUGUUCAUCUAACAUAUGGCACAAUGAAAUGUGACAGGCUCCACUGGCACUCUGUGACAUUUGGUUUUAAUUACACAGAUUAGAGCCAUAAAAAAGAGCACUACCCCAGUUAUUAUGUUUCCAAAUGGUACCCUAUAUAGUGCACCUAUGUGCCAAUAAGAGGAUGAAUGACCAAGACAAAAGAUUUAAGUGCCUUUGAACAGGGUAUGUAUGGUAGUAGGUGCCAAAUGCACCGGUUUGUGUCAAGA